AAUAUCGCUUUCUUCUCAACAUGAUUCGUUAAUAGAGAGAAAUCGUGCAGCGAUUCUAUUAGCACUUUUGUAAGAGACGCAUUGGUGAUCAGAAAAAAUGGAGUGCGCCGCAAAGUGCGGUGGAACGCCGUGCUCCGGCCCUCCGAUCCGCCGUUGCCAACGUUGCCAAGCCGUUGCGUACUGCUCCCUCGCUCACCAGGUUUUGCACAGAAGUGCGCAUAAAAGAGAGUGUGAGAGGUUCCAGCAGCAAAUGAAGCGCGCUAACACCUUGAAUGAUUUCCCUUUCACAUUCACCCAAAUCCAGGAUACAAGGUGUUCAUUUUUAAAUAGGCUUGGCGUCCACCUUUUAGGAAUGUGGAUUUGUGAAUGCAGCUGUGGAGGAAUCUCAGCCUCUAGUUAUGACCAUUCAAGAUUGAUGAGUAGUUGGAAUCUUCCAAGUGAGUUAUGUCCUUGCAGAGGACCAUCCUCUCCAAUACCUGACUGCCUAACUUCUUGGAAGGACUACUACGAGUGGAGGCACAUCCCUUUUUGUAGCCCUGCUUCUUUUCUUCUUCAUUGGCCCUUAACAAUAUUCCGGGCCAUUCAGCUUGCAACUCUUGAAAGCUUGCUACCUGAAUUCGCCAACGAACUGCGAAUACAUUAUCUAGGACCAGGAAGGGAACUUCUUCAGCUGGCAAUCUUUGGGGAGCUGCAAGCACUCUUCCCAGGAGUAAAGCUGUACAUCGAUCUUGUUGGACCUGCAAUUCCAAAUGUCAGGGACGGUGAAAAGAUUGAUCUGUGUACUUAUGCUCAGUGUAAUGACAUGGGCUGUGGGUGCCAGAGUUCUGCUGAUAGUUACCGCGGAAGGGUAGAUACUCGUCUCUCUUCUGCAAUCACAUUACGACUCCAUGCAGGCUGUUAUCAUGACUGUUACAGAGAAUUACUGCAGGUUGCAACCAGAAACCAGUG